CCUUGGGCCACGGCUUGUGUUGAGAAUGACAUUAGGAGCAGAAAUUACUAGCCAGCUCAAGGCUUCUUCAUACAUAGCAUCGGGCCGAAACUUUUUGAGAUGGGACCUGUCACCAGAGCAAAUUAGAACACGAACAGAAGAUCUGAUCAGGAAGACGAAGCAUGUAUAUGACAUUGUCGGGAUGCUUGAUAUUGGAGAAGUAACACAUGAAAAUACUGUACAGGCCUUGGCAAAUAUAGAAGUGGAAUACGCAGUGGAAAGAAGCAUGUUGGAUUUUCCCCAGCAUGUCUCACCUGACAAAGAGGUACGCUUAGCAAGUACAGAAGCUGACAAAAAACUUUCUAAUUUUGAUGUGGAGAUGAGCAUGAGAGAAGAUGUCUUUCAGAAGAUUGUUUAUUUGCAGCAAACCUGCGAUCUUGAAAACGUAAAGCCUGAAACAAAGCGGUAUCUAGAGAAAUCAGUUCAAGUGGGAAAAAGAAACGGACUCCAUCUUCCUAAAGAAGUGCAGAAUGAAAUAAAGACAAUGAAGAAAAAAGUGAGCGAGCUGUGUAUAGACUUUAACAAAAACCUGAAUGAGGAAAACACUUUUCUUGUAUUUUCUAAGGAAGAACUUGAAGGCCUUCCUGAUGACUUUAUUAAGAGUUUAGAGAAGACUGAGGAAGACAAAUACAAAAUUACUUUAAAGUAUCCCCACUAUUUUCCUGUCAUGAAGAAGUGCUGCAUUUCAGAAACCAGGAGAAAAAUGGAAUCUGCCUUUAACUCAAGAUGCAAAGAGGAGAACACAAAAAUCCUUCAGCAAUUGCUUCCACUAAGGGCAAAAGUAGCAGAGCUUCUUGGUUACAAUACACAUGCCAACUUUGUCCUGGAGGUAAACACCGCAAAGAGCACAGAUAAUGUAACAGCCUUCUUAGAUGAUUUGAGUAAGAAGCUAAAGCCAUUGCUUGAGGAGGAAAGAGAAUUCAUUCUGGAUUUGAAGAAAAAGGAGUGUAAAGAAAGAAACUUUGAUUAUGAUGGAAGAAUCAAUGCAUGGGAUCUUCAUUAUUAUAUGAACAAAACAGAAGAGCUGAAGUACUCCAUAGAUCAAGAAAAGCUGAAGGAGUACUUCCCAAUUGAGGCCGUUACAGAAGGCUUACUGAGUAUUUACCAGAAGCUGCUGGGACUUGUGUUUGAGCAAGUAGAAAGUGCUCAUGUUUGGCAUGACAGCGUUACUCUUUAUACAGUAAAGGAUAAUUCAACAGGAGAAAUGUUAGGGCAGUUCUAUUUGGACCUUUACCCCAGAGAGGGAAAGUAUGGGCAUGCAGCAUGCUUUGGUCUCCAGCCCGGCUGCCUUCUCUCUGAUGGCAGCAGAAUGAUGUCUGUAGCUGCUCUGGUAACCAACUUCACAAAACCAGCAUCAGAUCGUCCAUCAUUGCUGCGACAUGAUGAAGUAAAGACUUAUUUCCAUGAAUUUGGUCAUGUAAUGCAUCAGAUAUGUGCACAGACUGAUUUUGCUAGGUUUAGUGGAACUAAUGUGGAAACAGACUUUGUAGAGGUACCUUCACAAAUGUUUGAAAACUGGGUGUGGGAAAAAGAACCACUACAGCAAAUGUCAAGACAUUAUAAAGAUGAGAGCCAUGUUGGAGACACUCUCCUUGAGAAACUUGCUGCCUCUAGACUGGCUAAUACAGGCCUUUUAACCCUCCGUCAGAUUGUUUUGAGCAAAGUUGACCAGGCACUGCAUACAAAGCCAUCUGUUGACCCAGCAGAUGAAUAUGCUAAAUACUGUGUGGAGAUUCUAGGAAUUCCUGCCACCCCAGGAACAAACAUACCAGCGACUUUUGGACACCUGGCAGGUGGUUAUGAUGGUCAGUACUAUGGAUACCUGUGGAGUGAAGUGUUUUCUGUGGACAUUUUUUAUAGCUGCUUUAAGCAAGAAGGAAUAAUGAAUCCAAAGGCUGGGAUGAAAUACAGAAACCUCAUUUUGAAACCUGGAGGAUCUUUGGAUGGAAUGGUUAUGCUACAAAAUUUCUUGGAGCGUAAACCAAGCCAGAGAGCUUUCCUAUUGAGUAAGGGAUUAUGUGUUCAGUAAAAUUAUGGUUCCUUUGUAAUGGCAUAUAAGUGUGCAAUGAGCUGGAAAUGUCAGUGCAUUUCAUAUCUUAAAUAUGUAUCACUCUGGGGAAAUUGAGUCACUUCUUGAUGAUUUUUUAAAAUUGUAUAAAUUAAAAUGUGAUAUUU